CGCUUUCUUCACUAAACCCUUGUCGUCUCUCCAUCACCACUUCCUCUCCUCCGUGUUGCCUCCAAAACCCUAGAAAAAAUCUAGUGAGAGGAAGCACAGCAAACAAACCUCUCCAAUGAAGUUAAAAGUUCUAUUUGAAUCAGCAUCAGGUUUUGCCCUUUUUGAUGCUCAUGGUAUUGAUGAAAUAGGUCAAAACACUGAAGCAGUAAGUAACUCAGUUACUGAUCUUAAUCGUUUUGGUAAAGUAGUAAAGCUUGUUGCUUUUCAUCCUUUUUCUUCUGCCCUCGAUGCACUCGAUCAAUGCAACGCUGUCUCUGAAGGGAUUAUGACUGAUGAGUUGAGGAAUUUCUUGGAGUUGAAUCUUAAAAUUAAGGAAGGGAAGAAACCAAAGUUUAGUUUAGGACUUGCUGAACCAAAGAUUGGAUCACAUAUAUCUGAAGAGACUAAAAUUCCGUGCCAAAGUAAUGAGUUUGUUCUCGAACUUCUUCGUGGCAUUAGGUUGCAUUUUGAUAGGUUUAUCAAAGACCUAAAGCCUACGGAUCUAGAGAAAGCUCAGCUUGGUUUGGGGCAUAGUUACAGCAGAGCUAAGGUUAAGUUCAAUGUUAACCGGGUGGAUAAUAUGGUCAUUCAGGCCAUCUUCAUGCUUGAUACCCUUGACAAAGAUGUUAAUUCUUUCUCCAUGAGAGUCAGGGAAUGGUACUCUUGGCAUUUCCCAGAGCUAGUGAAGAUUGUCAAUGAUAAUUAUCUCUAUGCUAAGGUUGCAAAAUUUGUGGAGAACAAAUCAGAGCUUUCUGAAGACAAAAUCCUAGGUUUAACUGAGAUACUCGGGGAUGAAGACAAAGCAAAGGAAAUUGUCGAAGCAGCCAAAGCUUCCAUGGGACAAGAUUUGUCCCCUAUCGACUUGAUUAAUGUCAAGCAGUUUGCUCAGAGAGUUAUGGACCUCGCUGAAUACAGGAAAAACCUUCAUGAAUAUCUGGUCACAAAAAUGAAUGACAUAGCACCAAAUUUGGCUUCUCUUAUUGGUGAAAUGGUUGGGGCUCGUUUGAUUUCUCAUGCAGGUAGUCUCACAAAUUUGGCCAAAUGCCCUUCUUCCACUCUUCAGAUCCUUGGUGCAGAGAAGGCUCUCUUCAGGGCAUUGAAAACCCGAGGGAACACUCCAAAAUACGGUCUCAUUUUCCAUUCUUCCUUCAUUGGGCGCGCAUCUGCAAAAAACAAAGGACGAAUGGCUCGCUAUCUUGCAAACAAGUGUUCUAUUGCAUCUCGUAUUGAUUGUUUCUCAGAGACGAGCUCCACCAUUUUUGGGGAGAAGCUUCGUGAACAGGUUGAAGAGAGGCUGGACUUUUAUGAUAAGGGCAUUGCCCCUCGCAAGAAUGUUGAUGUGAUGAAAGCUGCGAUUAUUCAGAACGAAGAUGGAGAGAAGAUGGAUGUUGAAGAUGGAUCUGCUGCUGAUGUUUCAACAAAGAAAAGAGAAAAGAAGAAAUCAAAAGGUGAAGCUAUGGAUGAAGGUAAACCAUCCACCACUACUAACGGCGACGCUCCAGAGGAACCUACACCGGAAAAGAAGAAGAAAAAGAAGGAGAAACGCAAAUUGGUCGAAGAGCAAGAGCAGGCUCCAGAGUUGGAGAACACCAGUGGCAAGAAGAAAAAGAAGAAGAGCAAAAAUGUAGAUGAAGAAGAUACUCAAACUGCCACUGAAGUAAAGAAGAAAAAAAAGAAGUAUGAAAAGCAGGAAGGAUGAGUGAGAGCUCUUAAUAAUUUGUGCUGUCAAUCAGUACUGUGAUAUAUGAUGUUUAUUUAGGGUUUUUUUUUUUUUUCAUUUUGCAUAGUUAAGCUUCGGAAAAAAAAAAAGUGACUUUAGUUUCUUUGAGACGCUAAGAAUUGACCAUGCUUCAACAUUCAAUUGAAACUGGUCCAUUCUCUCCUUGUUCAGAACUAGCAUUUGUAUCUGGAAACUAUGGACUCGUUGCAGAUGUAUUAAUUCAAUCCCUACCAAGUAUAAUUACGGGAAAAA